AUGUUUAAUUCAAAAUCAUUUCACUUAAAUCACGAACUAGACACAAAUGCCCGGAAAAAGGAACGUGAGCGUAAACGUUUACGUGAGCCCAAAAGAACUUGCUGGAUGAAAUUCAUCGUCAUAACGCUGCUUGGGGGCUUUGCAUUACUGCUGGUUCUGAGCAAUGUGGACUUUUCAGGUGAAUCAACUGAGCUGACGGCUGUUAACACUACUUACCUGUUGCGCCUGAAGGAGGUGUCAAACGAACUUUUAGCAACAAAAGUGGCAAAAAUGGAAGAAGUAUUGGACGGAAGUGCUGAUGACGAUAUAAAUGCUAGAGUAGCCGAUAUUGCAUUGCAGGACACGGAGGUAGCUGGAGCAAAAGCAGCAGCCUACGCUUCCUUCACCUGUACCGACAACCGUUCAUGUAAAACUGUAGUUUGCUCUGGCGGUCCGAUCUAUACUCUCAUAAUUGAACUUGAAUACUUCAUUAACUGGUGCGGCAAUGAAUAUUUCGAUCUCACCAUUGAGAAUUGUACAUUCGAUGGAAAAUCUAUAGACAAAUAUACGAUGUCCGGCAGCUUUAAUCUGAACAGUUUGACAAUUCGUAAUUGCAGUCUUGAAAAGAUCGUGGAUAACGCUUUCAAAUAUAGCACCGUGCAAAAAUUAGUGAAUCUAACUCUACAAGGUGUCCAGCUCCAAUCACUGAAUGCAAACUCCUUCGCAGGUUUAGGAACAGUUACGCAUUUCAAAUUACUCAAUACACAACAAAAAACAUCUACACCACUAAUAGCCGAAAAUUUCCUUCAGCCGAUGGCUGCAAAACUUAGCAGUAUUGUUUUACAACAAUCACAGGAAAAUUGCGAUUCCGUCACCAUUUACGAUCCCACAGGGUGGCUGGGCGGCAGCGUGGUGUACGGUAAUUUAACAUUUGUUGAUUUGAGUGGUACGCACUUCAAUCAUACACUCAAUCGUGAUACAUUCAUCAAGUUGUCGGCUCUCCACGAGCUUUCGUUGGCCAAUUGUAGUCUGCGCACAAUUGCUGAAUCCACUUUUGAUGGAAUUUUGGAAACCCUCAAGUUACUAGAUUUGCGAAAUAAUCAGUUGGAAACAUUGGAUGGUGAAUUUCUAGCGAUUGCAACAUUAAAUGACAUCGGCAUACAAAUGGCGGGAAAUGAGUGGCGAUGCGACUGUGAUAAUAUAGUGAACAUCGAAUACGUGAAACAAAGGCAAGACCAAUCCGGUGCAGCAAUAGAAUGUGCGUCUCCAGUGGAAUUAAAAGGAGUGCAAAUGCGCGAUGUUCAACUGCAAUGUGAGGCCACCACAGCAAAUACGCCACUUACUACAGCAACAACUGCCCUACCUACAUUAAAUUCAACUAUGUCGACAACAAUAACUACCACGAAUACAACUCCUUUACUGUCAUCAACGCCAAUAUCUACUAGUCCAACUAAUGCAACUGAGAAUACAUCCAUAUCUAGGAGCACUGGAACAUCACUUACUACAACAACACUCAACAAUUCAACAUUGUCGACUCAUAUGACUGCAUCGGAGGUAAUAACAACAACUCCGCUCACAACAGAUAAUGUAACAUCCACAGUUCUGUGGCCAACAACAACAAGUGAAACUAUAGUAGAAGACACUACUGAUACGACCCUAGAAUCAACAACUACAAUGCCGAAAACUACCACUACCAAAACUAGUUUUUAUACUACCACCACUCCACCUUGGCAAACAACCACAACUGAUAGCGAAUGCUAUAGCGACCUCUCUCCAAAGUUUAUAGUUUGCAAGUAUACAAAGCGCCAAGCGAUGUGUGACUACGAUGGCAGUUUCAAUGUGUAUACGACUUCAUCAACAAGCGUACAACUUCGAAUUGGCAACAUUACAGAUGGACUACAAGUAACAUAUUUUCAGGCGCUCAGUUACAAUGUUAGCACUACACAUCUGAUCAACAGCAACAGUAGCAUGGACAUCAACCAUCUCGCACCAAAUCAGAGUUACGUCUUUUGUCUGAUACCAGUAGCUAGCGUUGAGACCUCGCCAUUUAACUGUCGUUCGGCACAUUUACCUUUAGAAACAGCUCAACCUUGGCUAGAGAACAGCGAUAGAGCACUUUUCUAUACAAUUGCCACACUUAUAACCGUCAUCUGUAGUCUUAUAGGUGUAGCAGCAGUCUAUUUCUCACUACGCUGGCGCCCAACCUUGAUAUAUGGCAACAAGCGUAUACGACGUAUCAAUUAUACAUCGCAUAAAAUAUGGCUUCUAGCCAAAACCGAUCGUUCGUCUAUCGAUUCGAAACAGUUAGCAUUGAAUGAAUUAUCAAAAAUGCCCUCAUCGAUUAGUGAUACCCUAUCAGUGGAAAACUAUUUAGAUGUGAAAUCAUAUGACUAUAUGCAAUAUUUCAAAGGUUUAGAAUUCAACAAGCAACGAAAUGUGCCACACAUUUCCGAUAAUCGACCACCAUUGACUCAGGCGCCUACACUUCCGCCUGUAGCCGAUCGUACAUUUCGCAGUGGUGAGCGUGAUUGUCAUAGCGCUGGUGUACGAGGUUGCAAUAGUAAUGCGGUAAGCCAUCACAGUUCUCAGCAGUCUACAGUUCGCAUGGAAGGCGUACGUGGGAUGGGUGCCCGAUUUCAAAUGCGGCCACAAAACGUCACAAUGAAUGAAUUUGAAAACGAAUAUGAAAGCAUAGAUUAUUAUCAAGAGCUUUACUAA